CGAGACAAAGUUACGAGAUCCAUUUCGCGCGAUUCUCGAUCAAUGGAGAACAGCCAGGUGCGAAUUCUGUUGGAUAGAAGUUCGUGUACCACGCGAUUCCCUUCAUCCGAACAGAAUCAGAACCAAUCAACUGUCGAAUCUCAAUGCCAGAGUGAAUUUUGGAGUUCGCUGCAACAGACCACGUCCGACGAUAGCGCGAAAGAUGGCGAUGGAUUCGCAAGGGAGGAACAUUCUGGCGAACAUCACGAGGCUUUGAAGUUCGCGUUUCCUAAGAAGGUCAAGGCUCGUGGAAGAAGAAAAGCGACCGCCAGCAAGCGUAGAGUCACGUUCGCUGAUCAUUAAACUCGUUCGCGCGGCGAGCAUUGCAUUACAUUACAAUAAAAACUGCAGCAAAUGCAGAUAUUGUAUUACACCCAUUCGUCCGAUGUCCGAUCAGAUUUUCCCGCGUAAUAAGAUUUUUCGAUCAAAGGUGCGAGAGGAGCGGAUAUAAUGCAGUUUCAUCGCCGCAGAAAAUUCU